AUGACUCGGGGUCCAUCUUUCCAGCGAGCCCUGGCAGCAGCUUACAUCAUGUGUUACUUGCUCGUUGAGGCGGGUUAUUUUAUUGGUCUUGACAAGUCGCAGUCCACCCCUUCAAAGUGCGUGUGUUUUCUCGGUUUCGUGUGUGACUCGGUGCGUCAAGCUUUCGUCAUUCCCCAAGAAAAAAGAAACAAGUUUGCGACAUUAAGGGAAGAUAUUCUCUCGUCCCCUUUCGUUAGCCUGAAGACACUUAAGCGUUUUUCGGGGAAAGUGAUCUCUUUUAGUCUUGCUAUUCUGGGUUCCAGAUUGUAUGUACGCGAGGUUUUUAAGGCUAUUUCCCGCCAUUCGGGUUCUUCUCGGCCGACUGUCAAGCUAGACACUAACCUUCGAGCUGCGAUCGAGUACUGGCGGUUUCUUGACGACUGGAAGGACUGCUUCCAAUGGAGAACUGAGCAUCAUGCGUCCGUUAUGCCAUAUUCUGAUGCUUCAAAGUUAGCUUGGGGCGGAACUUUGCGCUUGGGCGGUCACACUUUGGAGUCCAGGGAUUACUGGCUGGACAAUUUGCAGGAUAUUAACGUCCUCGAGGCCCAAGCUUUGCUGUACUCGCUGCUUUCGUUUAGGAAACACCUUACCUCUUCAAGAGUGGACGUCUACACCAACAACCGCGUCUUGAAGUCUGCGCUGGAGAAUGGAGGCUGCAGGAGCUCCGAAGUUAACGGCGUUCUUAAAGACUUUUUUCGUUCCUGCAGGGAAAGCAAUUUUAGUCUUGAUGUUUACUACGUUCCGUCAGGUGAAAAUCUGGCUGACCUCCCUUCUCAAAGCCGAUCGGAUACAGAUUGUAUGUUGUCAAAAAGCGCUUGGGAGCAAGUCGAACGUCUUUUUGGGCGCCACACAUUCAAUCUCAUGUCCUUGGAUAGUAACUGCCAAGGCAAUAGGGUAGGUCUGUGCUUGCCUCAUUUUACGCCUUGUGCAACUCCAGAAUCUAGCGGUACCAACGUCUUCACCCAUUCUCUUCCCUUGGAUCACAAUAUCUAUGAGUUCCCCCAUUUGUCCUUAUGCCCCCCUGCUAAAGUACGUCUUGGAGCAGGAUUUUCACGGCGCGUUUACUAUUGUAGUCCCUGACUUGAAGCCUCAGCGUUUCUGGUGGGCGUUGCUGCAGUCACUCGCUGUCGAUCGGGCUCUAUUGGGAAGGAAGAAUGAGGGUUCCAUUUUGUGGUACCCUUCUCAGGGCGGUCAAGGAUGGUCUCGAAGGAACUUGCAGUGGGAUUUAUGGGCUUUCUGCUGUGUUUGCUAAAUUUACCAGUUUGCAUCUUUUUAGGUGGCGCGUCCAUGGAAGCCCGCCCGUUGCUGUUCUGCCUGCCUUUACCCCAAUGAUUCGGAUGCAAAUUAUUGCCAAGCCUGUGGUACUUUAACAAGACCUCAAUGUACUGCUACGCCCGUCCCUCCUGUUGACGAAACUGCGAUCCAGGAGCGUUUCGAUGAAUUUCAGUCUGUUUUCCGCUCAAAGCCUUACAAACGACAGAAAUCAGCGUUGGAGCAGCAACUUUUCAAGUUCCCGGGUGCUCUCUCUCCCCCGAGGACUGUAACGUCAUAUACUGCACAAGACAUUGUUAAAUUUCUUAUUUCUAAGGAUAAGUCAGGUAGAACUGUGGUUCACUCGCUCUCGUGCUCUAAAAGGGAUUGUAGUUGUCUGAAACGCUUAGCAGCAGGGUCAGUUGACUCCACUCUCAGUUGUUUGAGAGCUAUUUUCAAUAAGCUGGGGCGCGCUAACGACUUCAACCCUGUUACCCAUCCCCUAGUUAAGGAUUACUUAAAGUUUGUUAGGGAAGAGCUGGCGGGUUUGGCUAUUACACCUUCUCAAGCGGGCCCAUUAUUUUUCGGGAAAUUUCAGCGGUUAAUUGCUCAUCUCAGGGAUUUGUGUUCCAGCAGCGUAUCCCUUUCUAGCGUGGGUGAAUACAUCCUUGCAAGGGAUGCUACCUUUUUCAUUGUGGAAUUUUUCACUGGCGAUAGGGCUUCGGACCUCGGCUGCCUUCAAUCUUGUAACGUGUUUCGGUUAAGAGACCGGGAGGGUUUUUUGCUUAGAUUUACCCUCACCAAGAAUUUGCGCAAGGGAUCCUCCCGCUCUCUCACUUUGAUUAAAUUCGCUCACUCUGAUGUUUGUCCAGUCGCAUGGAUUCAGUAUUACAUCACGGUUUGUCAAUGCCUCAAGGUGCCUUUAGAUCAGGGUACUUUUUUUGGACCGCAGAGCGUAGCAGAUCGAUAG